AUGUCAGUGGAAACGUACAUCAUUUAUCCCAGCAACAAACACAAUCGUCCUUCUCCGCCAUCUAGAGUUGUACUCCACGGCCUCGAUCGAAUCGGUUCACCUAUACAAAUUCGUAAUCAUCGGUUCUUUCAUGCACCUAAAGACGCGAGCGUCAUUACAUUUGACCAACUGGUAGACAGACUCAAAGAUUCACUGGCUGAAGCGCUAGAACUGUAUCCACCUGUUGCUGGUACAAUUGAGAGUGAUGAAAAGAGCGAUAUCUAUAGUUUGAUGGGUUUCGAGUACAAUAAGGGGACUCCGUUCCUCGUCGAAAAGAAAUCAACACUAUACCAAGGGGAUACGGAUGAUAUUGGACCUCGUCAAGAAGUGAUACUUGCUGAAACAGCGAGUGUUCUGGCUGUCAAAGUGACACAGUUUUCAUGCGGCACGAUAGCUGUGGCCUCUUCUUUCAGUCAUCAAGUUACAGAUUUGCGAGGUACACUUGAUUUUCUGGAGCUAUGGGCCCUGAUCCAUAGAGGCGAGCCCAUUGAUUUCAACCACAUUCCUGAUGACUGGACACAUACACCUGGCAGGUUCUUCCAAGGAUUGACUACAACAUCGGCAACCAAAACUCCUUCACCUUUCUUCUUGUUAGACAAACCUGCGCUCGGUCCACCUGCCUAUCUAUCAGUGCCUUCUGUAGUAACAUUUUGGAAGUUUACAAGUAGUGACAUGAAAAGGCUCAAGGAGGAUCUGUCACCCUCAGAUCCCACUAGCUGGAUCUCAUCUGGUGAUGCAUUAGCCUCGUUAGUAUGCGGUGUGAUUACCCGAGCUCGUGAACAUGCAUCAGUGCCUCGAUUAGAAGGAAGAUCGUCUGAGGAAGAGCCUCAUGAACAAGUGGCUAUGGCUGCAGAUGGCCGUGAUAGAGCACCUAAGAACGAUAUGGCUGGAGGUCAUUACUUUGGCAAUUUCAAUCCACUCUGGAACGCUACAAUCUCUCGAUCAGGUCUCUUGGACGCUUCUCCCGCAUCCGCCUCUCGAGUUGCAUUGGCUAUUCGAACUGCCCUGACCAAGGAGCUCUCACCAGAAGCCAUUGGAUACAAGAUCUCCUUCUUUGAGGAUCCCAACAACCAGCAACCUCCGGGUCGUAUCUCUUGGUCUGCCGACCUGAUCUUGACCAAUUGGUGUAAGAAUGAUAUUAAAGGACCCAAAUUAGAUUUUGGAUGGGGUAAACCUUUUCAUGCUACUUCGGGUCGUGGUGGAUCACUGCCUCCUGGCUAUUGUUUGAUGACACAUGAUUAUGGUACGGGAGAUACUACUGUAUUGAUGACAAUCGAGGAGAAGGGCGUGGAUGAACUGAAAUCAGAUAGUUUGCUGAAUCAAUAUGCGACACAAAUCACUGAAUAA